AUGAUGAAGUGGACAUGGUUGAUUCUGCCUACGCAAGCCCUUUUCGUGGCAGGCGAGUUCUUCAACCAGGUUCGGGAGUACAACUUGACUCUUGAAUCAAAAUGGAUGGGAAAAGAUGGAAAUUUCCGUCCAACGCUCACCAUCAAUGGUGACACUCCUGGGCCUCUCAUCUGGGGCUAUGAGGGGGACACUCUUCGUGUUCAUGUCACCAACAAAUUGCUGGUCGAGGCUACCAUGCACUGGCACGGUGUGUACCAAUACGACAAAUACUGGAUGGACGGUGUCCCUGGAGUCACUCAGUACCCCAUCGAGCCAAGGGAUUCCUACACCUACGAGUUCACCCUCACAAACCAGACCGGCAUCUACUUCUACCAUGGCCACUUUGGCCCAGCGUUUGCAGAUGGACAACGAGGACCGCUCCUGAUCAAACCGGCGCCAUGGCGGGAAAGGCCAUACAGCCUGAUCUCGGACAAGCAAGAGGACAUCGCGGCCAUGCUCUCUGCAGAGGAGAAGGUCAACAACCUGAUGGUGUCUGACUGGAACUACGACGGCAUGGACGUCCUCAUGCUGAUGUACCGCGACGCCGGCGCCACGCCUUCCUGCUCGGCUUCGCUGGUCAUGAACGGCAGAGGCCGCACAAUCUGCCUGGAGCCAGAGAUCAUCGCACAGUCUGACGACGGCAUCCAUCGUGAUUCCAGCGGGUGCCUGCCGCCGGACACCGGUGUGCCAUAUAUGAACAAGCGGGAGUGCGUUGACACGUUUGCGGACCUCGAGGUCGUGGAGGCCCAGGAUGGAGAGAAGUACGUUUGGCUGAACUUCAUCCACCCUGGUGCUCACCACGAACUCCGCAUCUCGGUUGACGAGCACGACAUGUGGAUCGUGGCUGCUGAUGGUGAUUUCGUGCAUCCGAAGAAAGUCCAGGCGAUCAACGUCAACAUGGGCGAGCGAAUCAGCGUCCUCGUCCCCCUCACUCAGAAGCCCGGCGAGUAUGCCAUCCGCAUGGCCUCUCUUGCCGAGGAACAGCUCAUCUGGGGAGCCGGCAUCCUCCGGUACGCUGGCGUCCAAGAGAGACGUGAUGAGAAGGACAUCAUGCUUCUGCCGAACAGCAAGCCCCACAUUGACCUCCGUGGCAACCUCAUCACGCAUGGAGUCAUGAUGGACGAGAUGAAGGACCUGGUUCCUUUCCCCCCGCGCCGUCCUCCGGCGAAAGCGGACCACACAUUCCGCUUCGCCAUUCAGCGGCCAAACCCGAGCACCUGGACGCUGGCCUCGGAGCCCCAUCAGGGCUUCCGCCAGCAGCUCCCCCCUGUUCUUUGGAACAAGGACUCCAGAGGUCCGACGACGAUCGAGGGGAUGAAGAACGGCUCUGUUGUAGAUCUCAUCUACGAAAAUGGAGCAUUCGGCAUGCAUCCGUUCCACAAGCACAACCACAAAGCAUUCAUAAUCGGCACGGGCGAGGGCUUCUUCCGCUGGCCGGACGUCGCCACGGCGAUGAAAGAAGUCCCAGAGAACUUCAACAUGGUGAACCCCCCGCUGCGGGAUGGAGCACGCUUGGCUAAAGGCGAGGGGUCGUGGACUGUGAUCCGCUACCAGAUCACCUUCCCGGCAAUGUCGAUGUUGCACUGCCACAGGAUCCAUCAUUUCGCUGGUGGGCAACAGAUCGUGCUUCUUGAAGGUGCAGAUGCUAUGCCACCGCUCCCUGACUACAUUAAAAACAUGACGCAUGCUGAGUUUGUACCACCGUUGCGUUAUGGACCACUCGAUUAA